CAAAUCAAUGAGCAUCCAUUAAUCACAUUCAUUAAUUUAUACAGAAUCUUAACAAUGGCUGCAAUCUAUCAAUAUUGUAGCUUGUUCAUUACACUUACAUUGAUGCUCACAAUCAUUGGAAAGCCAGCUUUAGUAAUGGGCACAUUUCAACCCAGUCCAUGGACUCUUGCACAUGCCACAUUUUAUGGCGAUGAGACAGCUUCUGCCACCAUGGGAGGAGCAUGUGGGUAUGGGAAUUUGUUUGUGAACGGUUAUGGGACAGACACAGCAGCAUUGAGUUCAACAUUGUUCAAUAAUGGGUAUGCAUGUGGGACUUGUUAUCAAAUAAAAUGUGUUCAAUCGAGUGCAUGUAACACCAAUGUUCCUUACACUACAGUCACUGCCACAAAUAUUUGCCCUCCUAAUUGGUCUCAGGCCUCUGAUAACGGUGGAUGGUGCAACCCACCACGUUCACAUUUUGACAUGUCUAAGCCUGCUUUCAUGAAAAUUGCUCAGUGGAAGGCUGGUAUCGUCCCUGUUAUGUAUCGCAGAGUACCUUGCGUGAGAAGUGAAGGAUUUCGAUUCUCUUUCCAAGGAAAUGGAUAUUGGUUAUUGGUGUACGUGAUGAAUGUGGGAGGUGGAGGUGAUAUAGCAAACAUGUGGGUUAAAGGAAGUAGAACAGGAUGGAUUAGCAUGAGCCACAAUUGGGGUGCUUCUUACCAAGCAUUUGCAACACUUAGUGGCCAAACUCUUUCUUUCAAGAUUACUUCUUACACAACCAAAGAAACUAUAAUAGCUUGGAAUGUUGCUCCUUCCAACUGGGGUGCUGGACUAACCUAUUCCACACAUGUCAAUUUUCAUUGAAGUAUGUUGCCAUCAGUGCUCAUCCUUUUAAUUUACUUGUUUAAAUACACCACGGUUAUAUAUUUUUAUCUGUUGUGAUUAAUUUUCCACAAUCAAAGAGACUUUUUGUUAGUUUUACAAAUCUGAAAGUGAAAUGUAAACUCAAUGUAAUCGAGAGAUUAAUUAAUCACUAUGCAAUGAUAUUAUCAAAUUCUUUA